AUGGCUUCUCUUCAAUACCUCUGUUCUUGUAGCCACCACCGGCGUUCUAUUAGAUCACAAGAAUUUAGAGUGAAGACGUUCUAUAUGAGAAGGUAUAGUAUAAGGUGUGAAGAGAAGAAUGAGAACAAAAGGCUUCGAGUUUUGAUAGCUGGUGGUGGUAUUGGGGGGCUAGUGCUGGCUCUGGCAGCGAAACACCGAGGAUUCGACGUGAAGGUGUUCGAGAAAGAGUCGAGUGCAGUGAGAGGUGAGGGUAGGGAUGGUGGUCCAAUUCAACUGUCUAGUAAUGCCAUGGCAGUGUUGGAAGCCAUUGAUAAGGAUGUCGCGAGGCGGAUCGUGGAAGAAGGUUGCAUUACUGGCAAUAGGAUCAAUGGCUUUGCCGAUGGCCUUUCGGGGAAAUGGUUUGCCACAUUUGAUCUAUUGACUCCAGCUAUGAAAAGUGGGCUUCCUGUUACUCAAGUAAUAAGUAGAAUGACACUGCAGGACAUCUUAUUCAAUGCAGUAGGGCAAGACAUAGUGAAUAACAAUUCUAAAGUUGUGGACUUUGUGGAAGACUAUAAAAAGGUUACCGUGAUCCUUGAAGAUGGACUGCAAUAUGAAGGCGAUAUUUUGGUUGGGGCGGAUGGGAUCUGGUCCAAAGUACGAUCAAAACUAUUUGGGACACAAGAAGCAAAAUAUUCAAAUUACACAUGCUACGGUGGACUAACAAAUUUUGUACCACCUUAUAUUGAUUCUAUUGGGUAUCGGGUAUUCUUGGGAUUGAACCAGUACCUUGUUGCUGUGGAUGUUGGGAAGGGGAAGAUGCAGUGGUAUGCCUUCCAUAAAGAGCACUCCAUCAAUUCUGAUCCUCCUUCAGGCAACUCUCUCUCAAUUCAAAUUCAUUACAAUGCAUUAUUGCAAUACAGACUUGUGCUUAUGAUCAAAUUCCAUUCGAAAAUGUAA